GACAGCGGCAAUUGUGGGCUGCCUCCCGCGUGGUGGGAGAGCGAUGGCGCACUGUCGACGCACAAAAGGCAUCACGCGUCUGACCGACGAUGCCGCCGGACCAGCUCACGCAGCCCCGCUCGCAUAGAAGCUAACAGUAUGCCUGAGGGCAGCCCCGGCCAGGGGCGCCCGUCGCCCCUGCGGUCCGCCGGCCUCCGGAGCCUGGACGCGGCGGGCCGGAUAGCAUCGAGCCUGCCGCGGCCGGCGCCGGCCGCGCGCGUGCAUCCGGCGCCGGCCGCGCGCGUGCAUCCGGCGCCGGCGCCGCCGGCGCCCGGCGAGGCGUCGCCGCCAAGUUCCGGCGGGUCGUCGCCCACGCGCUUCGGGAGCUUGAGACCAGCGGGCCUCGCGGCCCGGUUCGCGCGGCGCCGCGCGCCGGGCGCCGCGCCCGGGCCAGCGCCGCCGAGCUCACCGUCGCCCGUGGGCCAGUCGUCGUCACCGACGCUCGACGCGGUCCCGUCGCCGCCGAGCUCCGGCGCGCCGUCGCCGGUGGGCCGGUCGCCGUCGCCGACGCGCUUCGGGAGACUUCGCGGCGCUAUCGCGUGGCGCUUCCCGGGCGCCCCUGGGCCCGCGCCGCCCGUCGCCGAGGCGCCUGUACCCGGCAUGUACGACGUCGAAGCGUGCGGCCCGGCGCCUGCACCAGGACCGGCGCCCGCGCCCGCGCCCGGCACGGACAUCGUAUUAUGGGACGAGUACAGCAACGCGUCGACGGCGCCUGCGCCCGCGCCGUCGAUCGAAGAUGAUGAAGAAACGUACGAAUCACAAGCCUCUCGGAGAUCCUUGGCCGAGUCCGUCCAGGAGGCCCUAGAAAGAGCGAAGGACAGCAAGGAGAAAGCAGCUUUGUGCAUCGCGGGUCUGUGGCUCUAUGCGUGCGUUUCCGAGAAACUCGUCGAAGACGACGAGCCGCUGAUAUUGCCAAGUGACUCCGAAUCGUCCGACGAGGAGAUUGUGGAGGAGGGCGAGGCGACGUGUUGCUUUGGCAUGCUCGCGGUCGUGCCGGAGGAUGAGCGGGACUGGAGAUUGCUCGGUGGGCUGGUCGAGGUCCCGGAAGACCUCCGAGAAUUUGACAGAGAUGGCAGAAUACUAGCCAUCCAGGAGUCGAAUGUCGUUCUUGUUGUUAUUUUAGCCCUGACCUUUGCCGAUUUAGCGGUAACAGCUUUAGCUACUUAUCCCCAAGGCGCGCCCAUAUUGGCCGGAAACUGCCCCAUGAUCGAGCGCGAAGGAGACGGUCCUGUCGAUGCCGGAGGUAAUGCCCUAAAAGGCUGGGACUACAACGGGGAUGGCGCGUGUUGCGACGAGUUCGACGGUUUUCUCGAGCCCGGGACCUGUGGGACCGGCAAGGGCCACGGUAAAGUGUUGGAUACGCCUAUUCGUGACCCGUCACCAGAGGAAAUUUUUGAGAAAGGAUAUGUGGGGAAGUUUUGUUACCAGUGCUUCAAUAUGACUAGUGAUUGGAAGACGGCCUACAAGAACGAAGGUGCGGCUGAGGAACCGGUCGUGCGGAGGCUCUCGGACGAAGACGCCAUCGCCGCGACCACCUCACGUUCCUUGCAAGACGUCUGUUACGACGACUUAACAACUCUGGAUAGUUUCAGAGGAGACUGCGCGUGGUACGUGAAGAAUCCGACGAGGUGCGGCGAGUUCGACGACGACGAUUUUUCGGCGAAUGUCCAGUGCUGCGCCUGCGGCGGGGGGUCCUCCACAAGUCCGCCGACGCCCGUGCCUACAUUAAUCUCCAUAUGGAAGGGCUACGACAAGUACGGCGACCCGCCCUACUUGUUUUGUACCGGUGGCCCACCUUUCUACGGUACAAGUGGUAACUACUACAACCUCGCUUCAGACUUACCAAUCACGAAGAUGCUCGACGCGUCGCCUCGCAAUAGUGGAGCGCCCCAGGCGACCGAUCAAUGGGCCAUGACGCCGGGCUGUUCGGUGCAGGUCUUCGGGAACGUGGUCCUAGCGAUCUUCUGCGUCGAGAUCUUUCUGCGGUUGAGGCAGUUCUCGAUCUGUCGGAGCUACUUCCAGUUCUUCACGGACCCGUUCUGCAUUUUGGACUUUUCUCUGGUGGCCAUUGAUCUCAUAGUGUUACUCAUAACUCUAGCAUUGGCGGGAGUCGAGGAAAAGUACCCCUGGAUGAAGCCCAUCAGUGAUUUCGCGAAGUCGGGGAGGAUCAUGCGCGCGAUGCGCAUCUUCCGGAUGAUGCGGGCCGUUCGUGCGGCGCGGGCCGUCGCUAAAUUAAGCGCAAAUAUGGACAUUUUCGACGCGGCCGCCGCGGGCAACCUCGCGAUGAUCGCGAAAAAAGUGUCUUCGGCGAAGAAGGACGACGACGAGGAGGAGCUCGACCCCGGUGCGGUGCCGCGUCUUCUUUUGCCUUCGAUGUGUCGACGCCAUCGACGCGACGCCGUACGCCCUGACUCUCGCAUCGAUGGCGUGUCGCGGCUAUGGCGUGGUGGGAUAGACUACGCCAGAUCUGGCUCUACACCACCUUACGCCAUCGAUGCAACGACGUAGCACCUGUACGCCAUCCGACGCGAACGCCGGGCCCCGCCACGCCAUCGCCGCGACGCGCGAGGGCGUACGUGUGGCGCCCGACGCCAUCGACGCGACGCCCCCGCGCAGACGACCCCGAUUAUGAUGAAGAAGAGGCGACGAAGAAGCGCGAGGCCAAGGACCUCGCGCUCAAGAAGGAGCGAGACGCGUUGUGGAAGCGGAACGAUCUAGGUGAAACCGCAUUACACGUCGCGGCGUUGCGGGGCCACGAGCGAGUGUGUAAAUGGUUGCUCGAAAGACCGUCCUGCGAUAGUGUGGACCCGCAAGACUGGACGACGGGCGCGACGCCGCUCUGGAACGCCUGCCAGGCCGGCAAGCUCAAGGCUGCUAAAGUGUUGUUAGCUAAGGGUGCUGAUCCCGAAGCCGCACCGGUUUUUGGGGAAUAUAGAAACGUCACGGCAAAGACAAUGGCUUUGAAUAAGCACUGGGACGAUCUCAUAAAUGAGACUGCUAAAUUAAGGGCUGAGGAGGAGGCUCGUUUACAAGCCAAGAAGGAGAAGCGCAUUCGGCGACGGAAUAGGUACAACCUAGCUGUGGCCGAUCGCGACCGGCGCAUCCGAGAGAAGGAGGCGGCGCGGCUGCUGAUGAUCGAAGAAAGGCAGUACCGGGCGAAGGAUCGCGUCAAGAAGCGCUUCGAGAGCUUCAUCCGGGAAGGUUUACGGGGCGCGUGGCUGACGUGGCUCGAGAACUACUUCGACAAGGAGGAGCUGAAGAGUCGAGGCACGUUCAAGGGGAACAAUCUGGCCAAGAGAGCCAAGGCCGCGCGGCUGGAUUGGAUUCGACUGCAGUCCGAUCCUCGAGAGGUGGCGCGUCGCAAGGCCGUGGCGCGGGAGGAGCGGCGGCAGCGGCGGCGGAUUCGGCGGCAGAACGCCGAUAGUAGACGAGCGAAUAAUUUAUUGAGGACGGCGUGGCGCGGCGACAUCGACCAGAGGCCGCCACUCACGGCGGACGAGAAGGAUUUGAGGAAGGACCGCAUGGACUCGUGCCCGCGGAACGGCUUUCCCUCUCCGACGGUUUCUCGCCGCGUCUAUGUGGAUGCGACGUCGCCCGACCGUUCCGACCGCCUCGACGCGCUGACGGCGGAGGGCUUCGCGCUGCUGGCCCAGGCGCAGGGCGAGAGGGAUCGGCUUGAAAAGGAGCGGCAGCGCGCGGAACGGGCCGAGGCCGAGGCCGAGGAGUUAGCCUUGAUGAACGAGUUCGAGGAAAAAGAAAAGCUGGAGUCCGACCCGCCGGAGGAGUGGAAUAUUGAUAGGCUCAAGGAGUUCCUCAAAGAGAAGGGUGAUCGGUCGAUGGCCGGGGCGGACAAACUGGGCUACCCCGAGAAGAUUCGUGAGGCUCUGGUGAAGCGCGUGCGCAUGCACCUGUCCAAGCCGAAGCGGAGCCGCGGGCUCCAACGGAGUGGCCGCGAGGAGCGCAUGGAGCGCAUGCGCCGCAAAAAGUUGACCGAUCUGGAACGGGAGGCGGAAGACGAGGCCAAGGAAAAGGCCAAAGACUUGGCGUGGAAGAACAUGGAGGAUUUUGAUGAGGUCGCUUGGUUGGAACAGUACCUCGCCGGCGUCAAGGCCAAGAAGGACGAGGCCCUCGCCCACGAGAAGAAGCUUGGAGAACUGAGGAAGAAGGCCUAUGGCGACGCGCCGCCAUUAUACUAGAGAGUAA